GUAAGAUAUUCUUGAGAGAGAGAGAGGCAGAGAAAAAGGAAGAGAACGAGAACCGUGCUGUAGAAAAGCAGGUGUGAUUCAUGAAUAAACUAUAGUUUGUAACCCUAUGGGAUACUGAUGAAACAAAUAGAAUUUUCACAGACAUGGAUAAUACAAGAACACAAGACACUUUUUCACAGUUGGAGGUAGCCCACUGAACAAAGAACAGGGGAAAUGCCUGUGGGAGAGGGGCUGAAGUGCAUCCUCAGUUAAGCCAGGAAAAAAUCCUCAAAAUUAUGAACAUGGUGAAAAAUAAAGAAGUGAGCAUUGAAGGAGCUUUGCAUUUGGCACAGAAAGAGGUGUAUGCUGAAAAGGAUUCACCGGAUUUGCUAACUGGCUCACAAUUUAACUUUAGUAUCUACAAAUACAAGCACUAUCGGUGGCAGAAACGAAUUCUGCAGAUUGAUUUCAACACAAAGACAAUUUUUAACAUUGAAAAAGGAAUUAUUAAGAAACAGUUCCCUUUCUCACAAGUCAAAGCCUGUGAAGAUACUGAAAGAAGACGCUUCAGCAUUGUGUUUCAUGGGCGUCAAGAUUAUGAGCUGGAAGCAGUGUCUCUUGAUGAUAAAAGGAAGAUAAUAUACCUUCUGAGCAGAGUUAUACAGAGUAACUCAUACAAAAGACCAGAAGAUGCCUGCUCUGGAAGAUCUGCAGAAUGUGAUGUGAUACAUGAAGGAUUGCUGGAUUUGCAGCAGAACAGUUUUAUAUCCACUGAAUGGGUGAAGUACUUGGUACAACUACGUGAAGGAGAAUUGACUUUGUAUUGCAUAGGUCUGGGAAGAGAGAGCAGGAAUGCACACCCUGUAACGAAUACAAUUAAUUUGUCAGGUGGUGAUGUGAGUGUCAGCAAGGAGAAUGAAUGUGGUACCUUUUCAGUCCAGACCAAAGAACACAAUUAUUUGUUUCGAAUACCCUUUACUGUCCAAAAUAACAGGACAGAGGGUGUCAGCAAGCUCCAGAAUGAAUGGGUGUCUCUCAUAGAAAGGUACUGUCAGCUGUGCAAGGGUGCCUCUCUCUCUCAGGAGGGAUCUGAAGGAGACACCUCCUCUGAAGCUGAUUAUGAGAAUGUUACUGUAGCUCUGAAUGAACAGAAAGAGGAGGCCCUCUAUUUGGGUUUGAGUUCUGCAACAACUGACCUGAACAAGCCUUCAAACUCCUGGACAAAGCCUGCAGAAGGGGAAGCAGCCCUAUCAUCACCAUCUCCACUUCCCAUAAGUAAGGCAGAAGUGCCACCAGCCCCACCUGUGUUCCCACAGCCCAGCAGCCUUUCUCCCUUGACAAAGAGAACCAAAGCCUUUCACUGGGAUGUUGUUCCUUGUGAUAAGAUUCAAAAAUCCAUCUGGGAAUCAUGUGACCCACGCAAGAAAAAAAUAGACCUUUCCAGACUCUGUGAUCAGUUCCAGAUCCAGGACUUGGCAGUAUUUCCAGGCAGUGAACCUCCAGCCAAACAGCACAUCCUGUUAGAUCAAAAAGUUGCACAUAACUUCAACAUUUUUCUUAAAAGUUUUCAUAUAAAACCAAGUGAGUUGAAAGAAAAACUAUACAUUAUACAUGAAGAGAGUGGUGGACUUACAGAUGAGCAGAUUACAGCACUACGAAGAUACAUGCUAACACCAAAAGAUGCGGAAAGAUACCAGUCAUUCAAGGGGUCUCCUUCAAAGCUGCAUGUGGUUGAUCAGUUUAUGUUAGAGAUGUGUAAAAUCCCCCACUUGGGCCAGAGGCUGGAUCUCCUGCUUACCAUACGUGAACUACCUAUGAGCAUGAGAGACUUGGAGCCUCUAAUAAACCAGAAAAUCCAAGCAAGUAAGCAGCUGCAAUCCAGCCAGAAAUUUGUUGCUGUCUUGGAGUACAUUUUAGCCAUUGGAAACCAUUUAAAUGAAAAGGCUGGAAAAGAGAAGGCUAAAGGAUUUCGAUUGUCAUCUUUAACCAAAUUAUCUCUGUUGCGGGGUAAGGAGAGGACAUUCACCUUGCUUCACGCCCUUGUGGAACAGAUCUUCUUACAUGAGCCUGAUUUGGCUAAAUUUUCUCAGGAGCUGACAGAAUUUGAAGCUGUUCCUGAUGCUUCCAUGAAAGGCCUAAGUGCUGAAGUUGAUGUUUUAAAAAAAGAAUUGGAAAACGUUAUUCAGUGCAGAAGGCUUAUUAAACCCAAGACAAUCAAGGCAACACCCCAGGAGUUACAGUUCUGCAAGGAACUAAAGGAUUUAAUUCAGAAAUAUGAAGGGGAUCUAUCCCAGCUGUCAAAAAGAUGUGAUGAAAUGAAGAAGCUUUAUAGCAAUGUACUGGUAAAAUUUGGGGAACCACAAGACCUAGACUCUCAGGAGCUAUUUGGAUGGAUAUCUUCAUUCAUUAGUGAGUUUAGGAAGGCCUGUGUUGAAGUCAUGCAGUAAGGACAACCUUAUUCUUAUAAAGAGAGGAGAGAAAGUGAAGUCCAGGAAAUGUUUAAGUUAAUUGUUUUGAAAGUUGCCCUUCCAAUAUGGAGUAAAUACCAUAUAGUCUGCACAUCAAUAUAUUUUGAUUUUGAGAGGUAUUCAAUUUCUAGUGUGUAGUUUUGUAAGUGGUAUUUGACCUGUAGGAUCACAGAUUACUAAUGAGACUUUCCUUCAUUUUUUCUCAUGUAUGUGCUUUUGUACCUUGAGAUGCCUGUACACUUAGAAAGGAGGCGUUCUUGACGUUUUAUAAUUUCUUUUUCAUCUUUUUCUUUGAUACCCAGUCUUCUGACAUUUAAUUAUUACUUUCAGUGAAUGAAUUUAUAUAUGGUAAUCUAAUUUGUAAUUAUUUUUGCUGUAGUUUUCUAAAUAAUACUUCACAAGUUUUACAAUAAAAUGGGGAGCUAGUCUCCUCUGUGGAUAACAU